AUGCUUAAAGGAAAAAACGUUUUCGGGAGCAUUCCCAACAGAAUGACAAAAUUUGAGGGCGAGCAGUACUUUAUCAAUGAUAUCGUUUCGAUUAAAAGCAGGCAAAAGAGCAAGAUGUACGUCAAAGAAGGGAAACGAAUAGGCCGUGGCUCGUUUGGCACCGUAACCCAGUCAUACCUAUCAAAAAACAAUACUGAGUGGUCAGGUCCUUAUGCUAUUAAAAGAGUCGUUAAAUUUCCCAAAGUCGAAUCCUUAGAGUUGGAGAUCUUGCAAAACAUCAAACAUCCAAAUUUAGUUUCUUUAGAAUUUUUCUUCGAGAGCCAGUGUGCCACCAAGGAUGGUGGACAACUAUGCCAAAAAAAUUUUGUUAUGGAGUAUAUUCCUCAAACUUUGAGUUCUGAAAUCUAUCAAAAUUUCGAUAACGGUUACAAGUUGCCUACAAAACACAUCAAGUUGUACGCUUUCCAGAUACUUCGAGCACUUCUUACCUUACAUUCCAUGAACAUAUGCCAUGGCGAUCUCAAACCGAGUAAUAUACUUAUUGUUCCAGGUACCGGCAUUGCUAAAAUAUGCGAUUUCGGCUCAGCACAACGAUUAGAGGGCAACGAAGAGCCGAAGACUUAUUUCUGUUCGAGGUUUUAUAGAGCGCCUGAACUGCUUUUAAAUUUGAAGAAUUAUACAACGCAGAUAGAUAUAUGGUCGCUUGGUUGCAUAAUAGGCGAGAUGAUAGAAGGCCAGCCUCUUUUCAAAGGUGAUAAUGCUAAAUCACAGCUAGACGAGAUAGCCAAACUAUUAGGACGGCUUCCUCCUGAACAUGAAAGUUCUGUAAACGAGUCUCAAGAAUUGAAAGGUGCCUUGCAUGACUGUAAAUUCAAGAAAUUUAUGCGUUGGUUCCCAAAUAUAGAGUUUUUUGACGUGGAAUUCUUAUUGAAAGUACUGGUCUAUGAUUCCGUUAAAAGAUGGGAUGCUAAACAAUUGAUGGCUCACGAAUUUUUUGACGCGUUGAGGAAUGAAACCUAUUUUUUGCCAAGAAGUUCAAGUAUGCCAGUGCAUCUACCGGAUUUAUUUAGUUUCAGCGCAUCGGAGAAAAAGACUCUUGGAGACUACUACAAUUUAAUUAUACCAUCAUCGGACUAG